CGGAAGUAAAGUAUGUAAACAAACUCCCGAGAUAUCUAGAUAUUUUUAAGAUCUUACUCAUUUUAGAGAUCAUUUGACUAUGGCAAGCCUGGAACAACAGUUGAAAGCAAUCAAGUUGAAGAAGUCCGCCAAACCCACCUCUGAUUUCUCAAACCCAAAACUUGGAGGGUUUAUCAGUGAACAAGAAAUAUCUGACUAUCAGAAUAGCGUUUUAGAUGUUAACACAGAACUUUGGGUUGAUAUUCUCAAAGAGGAAACAUUCCCUACAAAAUACUGUGAAAUAACAAAAGAGGAUGCAAAUUUAUUUAUAGAGAUAUAUGAACGACUUUAUAAGGAUAUUGAUGAGUCAAAAAUUGCUGGUAUAGAUUGGAGAGAUGGUUUAAAUGAACAAGAAGUCAAGCAAGUGGAAAUUUUGAGGAAUCGCUUGCAAUCAAAAAUUGAUGAAUUUGUCAAAGAGGGAUCUGAUGUUUUUGUGAAGACAUCAAGCAGGAGUGCUAAAGAUGCCCCAUUAGUGCAGAAAAGAUUUGUUGAUAUUUUUAAAAAGACAAUCAAUACUUGUCGAGACAAUUCUGAAAAUUCUCAGAUAUCUGCGUUAUUAACAGCAGCAUUUGAGGCGCAGCGGAUACAUUCGGCUGAAGAAGUCUUUGAUAUGUUUUUAAGGAGUCUUCGCAUUUAUCAAGACCUCACAUUAGCCAGGGACAACCCGGAGAGAUUUAAUGAAAACUUUGUCAUUAGAAAAUUCAUUGAUAUUGACAUAGAUAUGGAAUUUCGUGGUUUUGUUUUUGAGCAUGACCUCGUGGCACUGUCUCAGUACAAUUAUCUGAUAUUUUCCGGGAGACUAUUGAAAGAAGGCAAACAAAUAUCUGAGAGGAUUCAAAGAUUUUUUGACAAAUCUAUCAAAGAGAAGAUGAAACAGAAAAACUUCCCUCAUGAUUAUGUGAUUGACUUUGCAGUGUGUAAUAAUUCCACAGAGGAAAAAAUCUGGGUUAUUGAAAUUAAUCCUUUCCUUGAGACUACAGAUGGAGCUUUGUUCUCUUGGAACAAAGAGCGACACCUAUUAGAGGGCAAGGAAGGUUUUCAACUGCGACUAACAAAGGCCAAUAAACCCGGCUCUAUUGUUAUGCUGCCACAAAGUGCAAAGGAACUGCUCAAGAAAUGUAUGUCUGGCUGACAAUACAAAAGUCCUAGUUGAAGUAUGCACAAAUGUUUGUAAGUCCCCGGUGACCAUUCCAGAUCUUAAUGUGAUCACUGACACCACCAUACCAGUGUAACCAUGGUAACAAUGACAAUGUUGCACAUCUGAGGCAUUCCACAAAAUGGUGUCAGAUUAAUUGAAAAUCAGAUCUUGACAUGAGAUACCCUAAUGAAGUCUUCAAUCUGCAUUCCAUGGCAUGUACAUCUGAGUUGCGUAUCUUUUCUUAUCAUUUUAUACAGCAUCCCUAAUGUAUUGGAGAUGAUUUUUCCAAUAUUCAUCUAUAAAUGGGGCAUUCAUUAACAUGUAUUGAGCAGUAGAGACAUGCGCCCCUAAUGAUGGGUAAAUCAAUUUCUCUAAUAAUAUCAUUUGGGGACAAAAGAUCACUUUCUUCAAUCAUAUAUACUAGUAGUAUAGGGACAUGCAUCAGAAAAUCAGUUACAGUGAAACCUACAUGUAAAUUGAACAUGUUUUUGCCAAGAAAAAAUGUUCGUAGGUGUUGGUAGGUGUUCACUGCAGAACGAGUAAUUUAUACAGAAACCAGUUGACGUGUGUGCGGAGGGUGUCCGAUAGAGA